AUGUCAGGAGGACUAAUAGACAAAGUUUACAUAGGUCUAGACAAUGCGCCGGCCGCAUUUGAUAUAAAAUCAAGAAUUCUUGGACCUAAUGGUACUAACUUAGAAUAUAUAAGAUCAGAAACUGGAGUUGUUGCUGUAUUAAAAAAUGACAAAUUCGAACCAUUGCAUUUAGCGCUUCACCACACGCGAUCAGAGGCAUUGGCUGCGGCAAGGUCAUUGGCGCAAAAUCUAAUUGAAACUAUACGGGCAGAAUUAGCGCAGUGGAGUGCCGCUCAGGCGGGUGGGCCUCCACCUGCGCUGAAUGUGCCACCGCCGACUCUUACCACGACUGCGGCCCCUCCUCCCGUACCUCCACCGGUCGUUUCUGUUUCACUAUCAACCCCAUCAACACUAACAACAUCAACUCACCCCACAGUAAUUCCACCAGUAGUUAGUGUAGCUCCGGCCAACACACCCCUCAUGACUGUUAGACAGCCUACAGUCCUACAGCUUCUUCAGCCACAGCAACAAUAUGUGCUAAAUCAAGAGAGUGGUCAAUUAAUACCUAUAGUGCAACCUGGAGUACAAGUUUCAAAUACAAAUUUUACAUCCCUGCCUUUAGCCCAGUCAUUAAGUGCAAUCCAGCAGCCAAAUUUUGGAACACAAAUGUUUGAUUUAUCUAGCAUGCAACCUGUGAAUGUCACUCAACUGCGAUUAAGUGGAGUACCUUCAUCUAUGUCAAUGAUUUUACCGAAUGGUCUAUCAUUUCCUCAAGCAAGUUUAACAGGAGCUGAUACCACUACAGUCAGCUCCGCCACAGCCCCAGUAGUUUGUGCAGCUCAAAGUACAAAUUCUUCACAAAAAAUUCUGUAUAGCACAGAUAAAGGUGAUAAGGAUAUAAAGUACCAAUUACAAGGUACUGAAACUAUGCAAUGGACAGUUCCAGGAUCACAAACUAUGCUUAUACCAUAUCAACAGCUGCAAGACCUAACAUCAAAUCAAACAGGCUUGAGUAAUAUUCAGCCACAGCAAUUUGUAUCGAUCGCUCCUGCAAAUAGUUUUCAACAAACAUCACUGCCAUUAUCAGCAGUACAGUUACAACAGUUACAAGCAACUGGCACAUUUAUGCAAUUAAAUCAAAAGCCAAUAGUAAGCAGUGCAUCCUUAAUAAAUAUUAUUUCAAGUGGUCAAGCAUCCUCUCCACAAAUUAUAUCAAGUUCCUCAACUCCUACAAAAAAUUCUGGUCAAGAAGCACGAGGUCAAAAGAGACUAUCAGACGGUACGCCAAACCAAUUACAAUUAAGGCCUAUUGCUCCUGCAGGGUCGCAUGUAAGCCAGGACAAGAGUUCCUCAAGAGAUUCCCGAUCUUGGACUUCUUCUACAGCUAGGGACAACACCAUGGUCAGUAUGGGAAUGAAAAUAAACCCAGCCCACGGUACUAUCAUACAUGUAUCAUCAGGACAGCAGACUAAUGUCUCAGCUUCAUCGGUGACUCAAGAUGGUUCAGGAAUGUAUAUAAAACAAAUAGACAGAAAUGCCAUACAAAUUCAGUCGACAAAAGAUGGUCAAAAGCAGGACUUAACAACAAAUAAAUUGCAAAACGCGACACAAAACGUUCAAAUGAUAACGGUCCCACAAGGAAUGACCGUUUUGCAAAACCCACUAAAUAUAAGUCAGAUGCCAACAGUAAUUGGGCAGCCGAAUAGUCAAGUUUAUAUGAUACCAACAAAUCAUUCUAACCUUGUUCAAGGCGGUCUGCCUCCAGGUUUAAUCAGUCAGCAAAUGUUACAGCCAGGACAAAAUGUGACAGUCAUGCAACCGAACCAACUCGGGAUGCCAGGCGGAGUUCAAUAUAAUGUGCCAUUGAUGCCAAUGAACAUGCCCAAUUCCCAAUACAUGCCGGGAUUAAAUCUCAACACCCAACUUUCUACGCAACAGCUAAAUGCAGCUUUAGCUGGACAACAGUUGGCAAAUUCUAAUUUAACUGUUUCCGGAACGAUUCCAAUAGUCCAAGCCCCGCCAUCCUCUCCCAUGACUAACUCUGCAAUAUCCGCAUCUCAACCGCCUCCCGUUCAUCAAAUUGUGCAACAAAAUUCUAAUUUCAUUACACCGACAUCACAAUAUGCGGGCAUGCCGCCCCAGUACGUAAUGCAAGCAAACUCUGGUACAAUAACUAUGCCGACGAAUCCCAAUGUUCAGUACACGAUGCCAAACCAAGCGACUACUCCUGCGCCUACAAACGGUAACGGACAGUCAACAGCUUCUGAAACCGACACCACGAACGGUACAAAUAACCAAACCAACUUCAUUUCAUCGUCAUCUCAAGAUGCCUAUCCAAUCUCCGGGACCACUUCCGUCCAGAAUCCCACUCAAAGUUUCUCAAACGACGGUACCUCGAAUGGUACUUAUACAAACAAUCAAGCGACUCAAAGUUAUGGCAACGGCACUAAUGGCAACGGUACACAAAACUAUAACAGUACUCAGACAACCAGUCAACCUCCAAGCUACCCUACAAAUGGGUCUAACCCUCAAACCCCCACGCAGUCGUACUCACAAACGACCUCAAGUUCCCAAAAUACAUCACAAGCGAAUUUUUCGCCGUCAACAACCCCAGCGCCGAACCAAACAUACCCUGCACCCAACAUGCCAAAUGUGGCCUAUGCUAAUCAAAGCACGCAAAAUCCCUAUCCGAAUGCCACCGGGCAGAACUUAGCCGCGUAUGCGAACAACCAGUACCAAUACACAAGUCGGCCAUGGUUCCGACCAAGGUACGGGUCACCUCAGGGCUCUCCCUACAACUCUGCCGCAGUUGCUCCCAACGCUCCCCCCAUGCCUGUCCCUCCUCCGUCUGGUAACUAUAACUAUUGGCAGGACAGU